GAGGGAAAACUGCGGGCCAGCUGUCACGGCGCGCGAAAGAUCAAAAUUUCUAUCAGAGUGUACGGAACAGGCGGGAGGAAGCGAAGCUGUCCGGCUGAACACUCUCUAAAUGUGCUUUCAAGGUAUAAAAUAGACUUUUCCGCGCAGACACUUGCUUUCUGUCGUCUUCUGUGGCUGCUGAGAUUCGACGAAGCUCUGUCUCCGCGGGUUUAUUUUCCAAAAGAGCGUGAACUAGACGGCGGACAAUGAGCCUGGUGCUUGCUCAACAUCAGGCGGAGGGGCUCCCGGCUGUGGCCCAAACUGCAGCAGAGAGUGAUUCAGAUAGCGGGAUGGGCUCUCCAGCAGAAGAGAUGGUCACAGAGACGGCUAACAAUAGAGAAGAGCUUCCAGUUUCUGAUGAUGAAGAAGACAUCCCAGUUCAAAGAAAGCCCCAUCGUAAUGCCAUUAGAGACAGUGACAGCGAGGAAGAGGAGGCAGCUGCGGAGAGCAGCAUCCACAUGGCUGAAGCACUGGUCUUAUCGGCUUCCAGCGGAGAAGAGAUGGAGACCGCAGAAGAGCAUGGCAAGAGGAAAGGGAGAGGGCCGCAGAAGACCAAGAGAAUAGCUCGUGCUCCCAUUGACAGCGACGACAGUGAGCACGAGAAAAGUAGAGAAGCGGAAGAGCAACUGGAGGAGGUGGGGAAGGAAUCGAAAUCGAUGAAGGAGCGGAAGAAGAGAGAGAAGAGUCAGAGGCAUCGGGAGAAAAAGGAGAAGCAUAGCAAAGCGGUAGAAAAACUGAAGAAGAAGGAAAGGUUCUUUGAAACGAAUGAGAACCCACCGCCCCCUCGGGCUCUGAAUGACAGUGGGUGUCCAUUGGGUGACACAGACCUGUUUGACACCGGUCUGGACGAUGAGGAAGAGGAGGAAGAAGAGUCUCUGGAGGCCAUCCGAGCUGCUGUCAAGCAAAAGAUGAAACAUCACAAGGAUCCUCUCCUGAAUGAAGAAGAGGAGGAAGACGAAGAGUCAGCAGAGAAACCCCAGCGUGUGGAGAGGAAGGCUGCACGUGUCGGCAAAGAGGCAAUGAAGCAGCUCCACAGUGAGUCUCAGAGGCUGGUCAGAGAGUCUACACUUGGUCUGCCCUACCACGUCCCUGAGCCGAAGACCAUUGACCAGUUCUUCAAGAAGAAGGCCAGGCCAUCGGGUCACGCUAUGGCGCUGCUGAAAUCUACAAUGUAUUCAGCUGUAAUGUUGGAGACAAAGUCAGCAUCUCCUCCUCCACCUUCCAACAAUCAAACCAGUGACCCCCCACAGCCAUCCACAGAGCAGGACUCUUCUCCAUCUCUAGAUCUGUCGUCCACACAGAUGCAGCCUAUACCUCAACCUGCCGCCACCUCGUCCCCGCAGCAGCAGAGCCUCAACCGGGACAAUGAAGCAACCGAAAGCUUAGACCCUGACCAGGAAUCUGGACCGAUGCUUUACCUCUCAGAGAGUCUAAAGGAGUCGGAGGCAACAGAUAGAGUAGCGAGACCUGCUUCUGACUCUGGAGAAGAGCCCUGUCCUGCGCCCUUAGAUCAAAGCCAGACUACAUUAAUGUUUGACUCUGAUGCCCAGCAACAAGAGCCUGUGUCUGGGGCCGUGGUGCAGACUUUAGCCGCUCAGUGUGGGAGCGCUGAUCCAGCUGCAGCAGAGCCUUCAGCACAGCCUCCCACCAAACCCAAGAAGGACAAACUGGCCAUGCUGAAGAAACUUGGGCUGGACCCCCCACCUGUGGCUAAAUUGUGUCCAGAUGAUGGAGCCUUUGUUCAGCUCGAGCCUCCACAGCUCAACCCUGGUGUGGAGGCCCUGAAGGAGCGUUACCUUCGUCAUGUCCAAGCGCCCUCACGGCCUCACGGAGAGCGUACGAUGCUGCUCAGCAUCAUCCGUAAAGACAGCACCCCCUCUGGUCAGGAGCAGUUGCACGCUGAGUCAGUUGCUGUCACUGUUAAAGAGGGAACAGAGGAGCCUGUGGCAACCAAGCCAGGAGAGAAGCUGCUGACUCUGAAGCAGCGCUUGCAGCUCGCCAUGGCCCAGCGGAGACAGGAGGAGAGAGCACGCAAGGCAGAGCUGAAUCGCCUAGACAAUGAGGACUGUGAGGAGGAGGAGGAAGAGGAGGAGGAUAUGACAGAUGAGUCUGAGGAAGAGGAGAAUGUGGAUGACUUACUGGGAGGCGAUGAUGGUGAGGCAGAAGAGGAGGAGGAAGGCAGUGUGGCCCAGAGUAUCAGGAGCACUUCUCCUGUAGCACUGAGCGGACCCUCGUCGACUCCUGACCUAGUUAACACAGAUGGCACACUCAUGCUGUUCCCGGGCAACUCCUGCUCUCGCACCGGUGAUGGUGUAAGAAGAUCGGGUCCUUCUGGGCAGGACAGCAGUAAUAAGAUGGAAGAGGACGACUGUCUGUCUCUGGUGAAGGACAACAGCCACAACAGCAGCUUUGAGUUCGCAGGAUCUAUGAUAACCUCCUACCAGCCGGUCAAUCAUCAGCGCUCCGCAGGAAGAAAUGUCUCCAACUCUUCCAUUUUCCGCUCCCCUUCUCCCUUCAGGCCCAGCUUCCUUGGCUCUGCCUCCAAAAGUUCAGGAAAACUCUCUGAGCCCUCUCUCUGCCUCCCUGUUGAGGAUUCCCAAGACUUGUAUGCACCCCCAUCCCCAGGAGCAGAUUCUGGACCCCUGGGGGGACCAGCUUCGGGCCCUGGUCUUGGGGGAGACUCCCAAGGUCGCUUCUCCCUGGAGGACGACACCCAUUCCCAGUUACUCGAUGCAGAUGGCUUCCUUAACGUGGGGCCACGCCCCGGUGCUCCUCGUUCUCACAAGAGACAGUUGAUCCUGGACAGCCUGGAUGAAAACGCAAUGGAUGCCAACAUGGGGGAGCUUUUUGGGUUGUGCUCUGGUGUUUUCGGUACAGCGGAAGGCAGCUCGAGUCGGACCGAAGGCCUCGGGGCAACGCAAGAGGGUGAGCUGCUCGGGUUGUGCUCUGGAGCGUUUCCACCGACACAAGCAGGAGAGGAGCAGAUGGAAACAGACAAGAGUAAGGAGAGAGGACAGGAUGAAGGAUCUGAUAAUACCAUGGAUCAGCUGCUGGGACUGUGUUCAGGGAAAUUUCCUAGUCCAGGUUCUGCUCACACGGCAUCACCAGCACAGGACAGUAAAAAGACGGCAGAGGAGGAAGAACAGCAGGAGGAGGAGGACUGCGAGUUCCGUCUUCUGUCAGAUGUAGAAAGUCAGAGUGAACAGGAGGACGAUGAUGACGAGGAUGAUGGGGAGGAGGACGAGGCCGAAGCCGAUGAGGAUGAGGGCAAUGAUGUGGAAGAGGAGGAGAUGCGGGGUGUGUUCGCUCCAUGUCGGGUUAAGAAAAAGAAGAAAAUGCGUUUGACCGACUACGUGGACUCUGAGGCUGAGCUGUCAGGCAGCGACGUGGGCAGCGAAGACGAGGACGCAGACAGAGGGAGUGAAUACGAGGAAGAGGAGCUUCUUGAAGAGCUUCCCUCUGAUGAAGAGCUGCAGGACCAGGUCAACAAGAUCCACAUGAAGCAGAUAAUGGAUGAUGAUAAGCGUCGCCUGAGGCUCUACCAGGAGCGUUACCUCGCUGACGGCGACCUGCACUCUGAUGGCCCGGGACGAGCUCGCCGCUUCCGCUGGAAAAAUAUUGACGAUGGUUUCAACACGGACAGGACGGGAGCAGAGGGUGAGGAUGAGGACGAGGAAGACGAUCACGUGGACCAGUCCGAGGUCCAGAGGAGGAAGGAGAGACUGGAGAGGGAACAGUGGCUCAGAGAACAGUCUGAACAGAAUGCCAAGAAAGGGGAAGAUUUGGAUGCAGAUGAUGAGAAGAUUGGAGAGGAAGACAGUCAUUUCAUGAAGCUGGCCAAGAAACUCACUGCCAAGACUCUGCAGAGAAAAGAGCCCCUCACGGCACCGCAACCAGACAAAAAGACCUCGUCAGCUCUCAACCCCUUCCAGAGACCCUCGCAGCCUUUACAGGUGAGGAGAGGUUCACUCCUGAGUCAGCCUCACUCCGUCCUCCAGAAGCUGGCUUCCAUCUCAGAGGGGAAUCCUCUGGCGCCCAGAAACAGCAGAGGAUUCCUGUUUCAAACUCUGUCUCCUGAGAAGGACAACUUAUUGUCAGACGCUCCUCAGAAACAGCCGAUGAAGAAGAGGGGGCCAGUGGGAGCAGUGAACCCAGCAGCAAAGAGGGUCUGCAGGGAGAACAAACCUGCAGGACUGACUAAAGGCCCCCAGAGGAGCAUCUUCAACUACCUGGACCACUGAGGCUGCAGUACACUAACUGAUCAUCAGCAGGCUGAUAAAGACCAGAACUGACCUGCCACGUCCAACGUUUCCCCAGCUGAUAACACUUCAAAUGAAGCAGGUGGUAAUGAAGUGGUUUUAUGGCAAACCUGGCUGGCCGACGUCCCCCUCCCCUCUAUGAAACACAAAUACAAACACUUGUAUGUGUGUUUGGAUGUUUACACUGCCUUAAAAUGGCAAACUUAAGAGCACCACUGACUCAUCUCUUGAUAUUUCGCUUUUUGUGUGUGCGUGUGUGCGUGUGUGUGUGUGUGUGUGUUUUUUUCCCCCUUCCACACCAGUACAGCUCGUGUCUAAAUUUUUAAACCCGCGAUCGUCUGUCAGGUCUUGACUUAAUUUUGGACUGUCUGACCCGAAGUUCCCUUAAAAGUCAAUGAUAAAACAAUACGGUUGUUUUAUCAUGUAAAUAUGAUUGAUUUAAAUAUGAGAUGUGAUUGAUUUGUUUUUAAAUUGUAGGGAUUUUUUUUUUGUAUGAUGAUUUAAAUGUAUUGUUCCACAUUGUAAAUAAAAGUGUAUUUUAAGACAU